AUGGAACCCAAUUCCGGCCAAGCAGCAAGUGAAUCGUUCAGAGCUCAAGCUCUCAUCUACAAGCAUGCCCUGAACUACGGAACCUCCUUCUGCCUCAGCUUUGCGAUUCAGCUCGGAAUACCGGACGUAAUCCACCGCCAUGCGCAGCCCAUGACUCUCCCGGAGCUGGUUUCGGCUCUCCAACUGUCGCCGGAAAAAACCAUUCCUCUUCGCCGGGUCAUGGCCUUGCUGGUUCACUCGGGAUUUUUUUCUGUUAAUUUCAACAAGGAACAGAAAGAAGAGUAUUCUCUCACGCCAUCGUCCAGGCUGCUCCUCAGAGGUGAGCUUUCCAGCUUGUCGCCAUUUGUCCAGGUUCUAGUCCAUCCGGUUCUCUCCAAUCCUUGGCGGUUUUUGGGAGAUUGGUUCAGGGGAUGCAAGGAACAAACAGUUUUCGAGACUGCUCACGGGGUUGGGUUGUGGGAUUACGGUGGGAAGGACCCUGGAUUUAAUGGCCUUUUCAAUGAGGGAAUGGCCAGCGAUUCUCGGAUGAUGAGAUUGGUGGUCGGAGACUGCAAGGAAAUCUUUGAAGGGGUGAAUUCGCUAGUGGAUGUCGGCGGCGGCACCGGCAACGUUGCCAAGAUCAUUUUGCAGGCUUUCCCACAUAUAAAAUGCACGGUGUUUGAUCUGCCUCACGUUGUUUCAGGCCAGCCGGAGGAUACGAACUUGAGCUAUGUCGGGGGUGAUCUAUUCGAGUCCAUCCCGCCGGCGGAUGCCAUUCUCUUUAAGCAUGUUAUGCAUAAUUGGAGCGACGAGGAGUGCCUGAAGAUACUGAAGAAAUGCAGAGAAUCCAUAGCCAAAAAGAAGGAUGCAGGAAAGGUGAUCAUCAUAGACAUGGUGGUAGAUAUGCAGGGAGACGAUGCUGAUAUAACUGAAACUAAGCUUCUGUUUGACAUCUUAAUGAUGGUUUUGACCACUGGAAGGGAGAGAAAUGAGAGAGAGUGGGAGAAGAUGUUCUUGGAGGCUGGUUUUACUAGCUACAAGAUUACACCCAUCUUUGGUCUGAGGUCCAUUAUUGAGGCAUUUCCUUAGAAGAUCUCAGCCUUUCUAAUUAAGUUCUAAAUAAGGUUAUUAUACAAAAUGUGGGACACUUCUUGUUUUUGAUAAGUUUAUAAUUUUCUUGAACCUGAAUAAAUUGCAUGCCCAAGUUGCUUCAAUCUUGGAGUUUAAUGAUGAUUAUUCAAUUUGCUAUACAAAUAAAUAAUCAUUGUACUUUUA